AGUUCUCAGUGGGUGACGGGUGGUCUGAUAACACCGCGAAGAAACAAAACAUACGUUUAUCCCCGUAAAUAAAAACAUUAGACUCAAAUUCAGCAAAAUUCCAAGCUCCCAGUGCUGCAAGUCCGGAUGAAUUGGGGCGGAUUCGGUCGUCGCACGGCGAGCAUCGGCUCCGUUUUUGGUGGAAAAUAAACAGGAAGUUGUUAGCUUUGUGGGACGUGUAGUUCCGCUCGCAGGCCGCGGAGCUUGAUAACAACGCACAGAAAACAGAAACAACAAUAAAAUAACCCAAGCUUCGCCGCGGGACCGCAUCUCUACCGUCGGCGCCGAGGCAAACAUGCCCGGGUUCACCUGCUGUGUGCCUGGCUGCUACAACAACUCGCACCGGGACCGGGACCUGCGCUUCUACACGUUUCCUAAGGACACGGCGCUGCGGGAGCUGUGGCUGAGGAACAUCUCCCGGGCCGGGGUCAGCGGCUGCUUCAGCACCUUCCAGCCCACGACGGGACACCGAGUCUGCAGCGUGCAUUUCGCCGGCGGGAGGAAAACCUACAGCAUCCGAGUGCCGUCCCUGUUCCCGCUGCGGGGAGUGAACGAGCGCCGGAGUCGGCGGGGCAGAGGCAGGAAAGUGUCCGCGGGCGUUCCUGCCCCUGGCGCCGCGGCGACCUCCGGGAUCGUCAUCGCCAGCGUUGUGGGCAGCGCGGCGGAAGGAGCCGAGGGCAAUGCCGGCGGCGAGGCGAGCGACGACAGCAUCACCGUGGUCCAGAUAGGCCAGAACGGCGAGUACCUGGGCACGGCGCGGCUGCCCGCCCAGUCAGAGGGGACUUGUUACACCGCGCCGGUCGAGGACACGGACGCGCUCACCGGCGAGGACUCGUCGGCCGGAGCCGCGUCCGCCCUGCACGAGCUGCCCGUGCAGUACGUCAGUGUGACCAGCAGCCCGCUGGACCACUCGUACUCGCUGACCACCGGCACCACGUCCACCGAGCUGCUGCGGAAGCUGAACGAGCAGCGGGACAUCAUCGCGCUGAUGGAGGUGAAGAUGAAGGAGAUGAAGGCGACCAUCCGCCAGCUGCGGGUCGCCGAGUCCAGGCUGCAGGAGGAGGUGCGCGAGCGGGACCGGCUGCUGUACGGAAACCCCGUGGCGUUCGGCGUCCGCAAGAAAGUCUGAUGGGCGAACAUCGCCGGAGACGACCCGUUACUCACAGACUCGGACUAACGGAGACGACAGAGGACCCAGACCUUUUUUUUGUACAGAACGACGAGCGAUGACAAUUUAUUUCCAACAAGUCGAGCUGGUUGUUCGUCGAAGGCCUGACGACUGCUGCCUCGUUGAUGUAGCUGAUAGUAACAGUCACAUUGCUGAUCACAUACAAACACGACGGCUCUGAAACACACAGGUUACACAGGCUCACUACAUAUCUACAACCGGACUGAUGCUGCAAGUUGCCUAGUUGCAUAAUAAAUGAAUAAAUUCUCCCUCAGCUUUCUCUAACAAAGUUUGUAUUUGCAUACAUUUGAACUGAACGUACUCGAGUUGUGCAAGAAGCCUCUCACAGUAGAUUUGAGAGGAAAUGUCGAGUAUAAGAUGCUUAAUCAUCCAUAGGGUUUUUUGUAGCCAAAACACUAAUCAUGACAAUGGUGUUGGUCAGUGACAUGAAACUAUGACUUUAUCUUUGUUGCCUUCAACGUCUCAAUAUUCAACGUGUUUCGUUUUUUUUGCAACGUAAAAAUUAGGACUUCCAUAAAACUUGAAAGGGCACUCAAAAGACAACGUUUUUAUUUAAGGGUGUUUCUUGAAGACAUGUAUUGAGUUACAGUUUGCUGUUUUCUUUUUUCCUUAGGAAAUUCUGAAAGAAGAACAUGAACAAGCAUUUUUCUCAAGAUACCGUAUGCCACUUAAAUAUGUUCUUUUGUCCACCGAGAUUGUUCUGUGAAACAGCGCCCGUUUGUUUCUUUGUGAUUCAUACAUUUUACGUGCCUGUUUAUGAUCAGAUUGUCAGAAGUAAAGUCUGUCCUGUC